UCAAUAUUCCCCCCACCCCACCCGGCCGCCCGCCUCCGGAGCACCAUGUCGCUUUCGCAUUCUUCCCUCGGCCACCCCUCCAGCCCCGCUUCUGGGCUUUGGCGCCUUCCCUCUCUCUGGCUGUGAAAAGCGCAGCGCGCUUCGAGGCGAGAGAGGAGGACGCGAACGCAACAAGCCCCUUUCUUCGCCGCCGACCUCAGGGAAGUCAGCCGUGGCGCUCUCCAGCGAACAGCCGGAGUGCCAGGACAUGUAAUUCGGACGAAGGUUGUUUUCCCCAUCCAGGUGGCCAAAGUGGCUUCUUACCCCGUGCUCUUUCCAGCGACCUUUUCUCUCGUCCGUUGCAAGCGGGAAGAGUUCCUUCCUUCCUUCCUUCCUUCCUUCCCGUGUGGUCUGGUGUCGUGAGGUUGACAAUGCUGACGGAGAGAUGUCUGGGAUUGCUAUACUGUGGCUUGUAUCUCUGGGCAUCUUUGUUUCUUUCUUUUUUGCAAGUCUCCCAGCAAGGUGAAAACCAAAGACGGCUGUAUCGAGAACUACUGAAAAAUUAUAAUCGAUUGGAACGGCCUGUUGUGAAUGACUCACAACCUCUUGUAGUAGAACUUCAGCUUUCAUUGCUGCAGAUAAUUGAUGUGGAUGAAAAGAACCAAGUCUUGAUAACAAACGCAUGGCUACAGAUGUACUGGAUCGAUGCAUAUUUGUCAUGGGAUCAGUAUGAAUAUCCAGGAGUUCAGAAUUUGAGAUUUCCAGCUGAUCAGAUUUGGGUGCCAGAUAUUCUUCUGUACAACAGUGCAGAUGAAAGAUUUGAUGCAACAUUUCAUACAAAUGUUUUGGUAAACUAUUCGGGAUCAUGUCAGUAUAUACCUCCAGGCAUCUUGAAAAGCACAUGUUACAUCGAUGUCCGCUGGUUUCCCUUUGAUGUGCAGAAAUGCAAUUUGAAAUUUGGUUCAUGGACACACAAUGGCUGGUUGCUUGAUCUGCAAAUGCUCGAAGCUGAUAUUUCUAACUACAUAUCAAAUGGCGAAUGGGAUUUAGUAGGUGUUCCAGGCAAAAGAAAUGAGCUGUACUAUGAAUGCUGUAAAGAGCCAUAUCCAGAUGUAACUUAUACCGUUACGAUGCGCCGUCGCACCCUUUACUAUGGCUUGAACUUAUUGAUUCCCUGCGUCCUUAUAUCAGGCUUAGCACUGCUUGUUUUCUUACUUCCAGCUGACUCUGGAGAGAAAAUAUCUUUGGGUAUAACUGUUCUUCUGUCCUUGACGGUUUUUAUGCUCCUUGUAGCAGAAAUAAUGCCUGCCACAUCAGAUUCAGUUCCCUUAAUAGCUCAGUAUUUUGCAAGCAUCAUGGUCAUUGUUGGUUUAUCUGUCGUAGUAACAGUCUUGGUGCUUCAGUUUCAUCAUCACGACCCUCAAGCAGGAAAGAUGCCUCAGUGGGUCCGUGUCAUCUUGCUGAACUGGUGCGCUUGGUUUCUCAGAAUGAAAAAACCAGGGGAGAACAUCCGGCCUCUCUCUUGCCGAUACGGCCACUCGAGGCACCAGUCCAGUGUCAGCAGUGUAGAGAUGAACAUCUUACCAGGACACCAUUCUAGCAAUGGCAACAUGAUCUAUAGCUACCAUGCCAUGGAAAAUCCCUUCUGCCCACAGAAUAAUGAGAUGGACACCAAGGGCGGAAAGGACCAGAGCUCUUUGCCUGAAGAUAAUGACAGCACUCAGAGAAAAGUUUUAAUGGACGCCAUCCCAGUGAUUGUGAAAAUCCUGGAAGAAGUUCAGUUCAUUGCAGCCCGUUUCCGGAAACAGGAUGAAGGGGAAGAGGUCUGCAGCGAGUGGAAGUUCGCAGCUGCUGUCAUAGACAGAUUGUGCCUGGUGGCAUUUUCACUUUUUGCCAUCAUCUGCACGCUUACAAUUCUCGUGUCCGCUCCGAAUUUUAUUGAAGCUGUUACAAAAGAUUUUACAUAAGGCUCUCCGAGAUGAGUAGAAAAAUGCUCCGUGUAAUUGGAAAUUAUGAAAUGGUGCCAUUAAUUUUGAAGAACAACGAGACUUUCUGUGCUGAAUUUGGUAUUUAAAACAAAGAAGUCGGCACGGGUUUCAAAUUCCAAUUGUUUCCCCGGUGUUAGAUAUUCUAGAUACAGAAUUGGCUCUGUUACUUGUUAUUUGUUUCAAAUAGUGUCUUCUCCCUAUACCUGUGAUCAUAAUCACCAAUAAUAUUAGACAAGAAAUCAGACACACAGCAUACACUUUGCUGAGUAAAUAGAACAUAUACUGUAUAUGCUACUAGGAAACACUAGUGAACAUGUUGCUGCAUUGGUAAAUUCUUCCUAGAAACAUGAUCUUUGCUAAAUGUAUCAUUUUCAAUAUUUUUGUUUGGCAUCGUUGUUUAACACAGAUUUCAUCUACAGUAAUGUAUUGAAUAAUGCUGUCAGUAGCUGUUUGCCAAAUAAACGGCAAGUUUUAGCUUUUAUUAUCACUGUGAUAAUCUGAAACAUUUUCCACUUGAUAACAAUGUGAAGUCAAUGCAAUACUUUUUUCUAAUAAGUUAAAAAUGUUUUCAUUGUUGAAUAUUCUGUUUUUCUAUUACAUAAAUUACACCCUUUCCCUAAUCUGCAGCUGCAGCUGCUCACUUAUUAUCUUUGUCUUUGAAUGUAUGUCUGAACAUCUCCAAUGUCCUUAAAUUGCAUUUACCAUAUUGAUUUUAAUUUUCUUACAAUUGAUAUAUACCACAACCCCAAACGUGCACAGAAAGCAGCACGUUUCACUUAUUACUGACAACUAUUGAUAGAAAUCAGAGAUAUAGUCCGAUGAGCAAAAUUAAUGCACAUCAAAGCAAGAUUCAGUUUUUCUGCACUAUAUUGCUUUGAAUGGAAUACACAUUCCACUCACGCGUAACUGCACAUUAAAACUUGGGCAUGACUACUUGAAUUGUAGUUUUUACCUUCUACAGCAAAAAUUAUAAAGUUUUUUUUCCAUAGAAUAAAAAGAUUCAAGAGUCUCAGAAGCCUAUAAGAUCACAGAAAGAUGUUGUUACUCUAACUCCCCCCCCCCCAAUUGACACCACGGUUAAUGAAUAAAGGAUUUUUCCCUGAUUUUUUCCAUUCAUUAAGACCAUGGGUUUUGUUUGUUUUUUUUACAAUAAGUCUUCAGGAUUGAAAUAGUGAUUUGCCAAAUGCAGAUAAUCGCACCAUACAUUAAACUCACCCAAGAUCACAAUUUGUACCCAUCAACUCUUGGAAGUAUACAAUGUAAAAUUUUCCAAUUGUUUGCAAGCUGCCAAAUUGUGAUGAUAGCUUUCCCCAAUAAUUAUUUCAUGUAGAAAGGUUCGAGAGAAACCGAGGAAGGACGUAUGACAUUUUACAGAUAAAACAGAAGCAGCCAAGACCAUUGGUUUUUUUUUUAAAGGAUCUUCUUUUAUAAUCAGAUUGCAUUUACAAAGAAAAUGAAAUAAAAAGACUAAAAGGAUAAAAUUCACAAUAAGAUAAUAAUUUGAUACAAAACAUGCACUUUUUUGACAUUUUUUAAAAACAGCUGUAUUACUGAUGCAACAAUCCAUGUAAUCUGCCUAUGAAUACAUGCAAAGGAAUGGAGAGAAAUGAAAAGUGAAUAUUGAUUCCUGAAUAUUAAAACCAAGUUGAAGAGAA